AAAAAAACGAGAAGGUGAAGCGAGAGGCUAAGCUCCGGGAAAGCAUGCCUCGUCUGACCACCUACUUCACAACAAAAACUUUGCUAGCGACGGCGUCGGCCCCUCCGGGCCCCGGGGACUCGUCUCCCUCCUCCCCCUCCUCCGAAUCGGACGCAGAGGCGAAUAUCCGAUGUGGCCAAAGUAAGUAAUAUGGCCAUGUUCUAAUUAGCCUAUAGCCUAUAUUUGCGUCAUCAUAUAUUUAUAUCUUGAGACUGACUAGCCUACUUAUUUAUCAGAAAAUGACGGUGUGAUUGACCCAACCAAGGGACCACCCAGCACAUCUGCUUGUGUAGCAGCCGUCACAGAACCACCAGAGAGAGACAAUGGUAGUGACAUUGAUGUUGAGGAGCCAGCAGCAGGUACAGCAGACAAUGGGGCAAUCUACAGCAAAGACCCUGGGUACUGGCCUGCUGUGUUUAUUUAGGAAGCCAGACAUUAUUGGAUUAAGACUGGACCAGUGGCAUGCCAAAACAUGCCGCACUGUUUUUGACUUUAUUAUUGUUUUUGUAUUGGUUUCUCUGGCAUAU